AUGACCCUUGCCCCAGAUGAGGGAGGAAUGUAUCGUGUUCCAACUUCUCCAAACUACAGGCAGUCCAGCCUGGGUCAAGGAACCAACCUGAUCCUACCUGACAUUUUGAACCUCAGAAAUGAAGAACAGGUGAAAACAGAACUUCUUACUGACAAGGAGAAGCUAUGUGACAAUGAACAACUUCUGCCGGAACCAGAGUGGGGGAACGAACCAGAACCCCUGGAAUUCUCCUCGCUUGUAACGUUCCAGUUCUUCCUGCAGGAACUACGUCUUAUUCUUGGUGCAGAGUUGGAAAGUCAUCCAUAUAACACCGUCGGAAGUUUCCUUGCAUUUUAUGAAGCUUUCUUGAAACAAGAACGCAGUUUAGAAGAUUUUUAUCAUAGUUAUCAGCCUGAGAUACUGCCAGAGAGUUUGUCUUGUGUUGGAUUAGGUUGUUCUUUAGUUGAUACCAUGAAAUCUACUCUUAGUAAUUGUUAUCCUGAGUUAAAAUCUGCUUUAUUUCUUGCUUCAUGCGAGGAGAUGGUUUGCGAUAUCGAUACUUACAUUAGUUGUUCUCCACCUAUAAUGAGUUCAAGUGUCAAAGAGCAUGUUUUAGUUGUUCUCAAAAUUGUUGUUGAAGAAAGGGAGGGUUUUAUUGUUUUGGAUCCAGGUUAUCACGUUAACAUUCCUGUAAUUAUUAUGUGUGAUGGGAUGUAUCCUAACACUGGUUGGUUCCUAUUAAGUGAAACUGCGAAAUCAAAAAAAGAAUAUUGUUAUUCUUUAGAGGGAAGUUAUAUUCAAUGGCAUGUUAAGGAAACUAGAAAUGGCAAAGUUAACAGUUGGAUUAACUUGAUUUAUGUUGGUCAUAAGUUUUUGAGUUAUAUUAGUGUUUCAGAAAAAAGAAAUUUGGUUUUCAAUUUUCGCACCAUAGUUACACGAGACAAAAAACAACCUGUAGCUGGCUUAUAUUGUAACUUGGAAGGAGAUGAGAAGUUUACAUUUUUUUUUAAUGAUGAUACUUUUAAAAGGCAAGAGGUCAAAAUUCCAUUUGAGUAUUUUCAAGGUAAAAGGGAAAAUAAUCAAUUUGAAUGUGCAAUAUCAUCCUGCGCUCGCCAGAUUGGUUACAAUGAAAGCUUAAUAUCCGAUAUGAUAAAUGGUAUUAUUGAUGCUUAUUUAAAUGCUGAUUUUAUGCCUUUUGUUCGAAUUUUAAAUCGUGAAAUUGAUGAAUAAAUUUAUGUAUUUUUCUUUAUUUUUAUCAAUAAAAAUAUUCAUAAAAUUUG